CGUGCGGCUGCUGUGCGUUUGUCUCCAAGCCUCGCACGUGACGGCUCAUCAGCGGCUGCGUAUGCAAUCCUGCACAGCUGCGACGUAUAAAAGAGGAUCUUGAUCUUGAACCGCAGCUCUUUUGGUCCUGAACGCGCGCGCGGGCGCGACCAUGAUACAGAGUGAAACUUGAAAUCGUUUGGUGUGGAAUUCGUCUGGUACUUGUGGUGUCAGUUUCGGUCUGGGUUUUGCUUACGGCAACAACAAGCAAAAUGAGAAACCCUCAGAGCGAGAAGAUCUUGGACGACCAGGAGUGCUUCGAGAUAGUGCGCAAAAAGCUCAGCCAAGAGUCGAUGGAACAUUACAAGCUGGUCAGCUACGAGGUGGUACCACUGUCCUCGUGCAGCGGCUUCAUGGGCCAGUACUUCAAGUUGAAGGCGACGGUGGCCUCGCCGCUGGACACCCGCAAAAUCGAAUUCUUCACGAAGCUUCCUCCGAGCAGCGACAGUCCCCAGCACGAUUUCAACAUCGAGAUGGGCAGCUUCCGCAAGGAAGUCGAUCUCUACACCAUCGUCUUCCCCGAAGUGCUGUCCGGUCUCGACAAGAGGUGCAUACCAGAGUGUUUCCUGGGCCUGGACGACGCGGUGAUUGUGCUGGAGGACAUGGCGAACAGUGGCUUCGUUAUGACCGACAAAUACGUGCCUUUCGACUACGAGCACUGCGCCGUGAUGAUGAGGACCCUCGGCAAGUUCCACGCCAAGAGCAUGAUAUUCGAAGAGCUGGCCAAGAAGAGCCUGCACGACGAGUUCUCGCACUGCAUGCACGAGACACUGUGGCCGCUCAAAGGGCAACGCGCAACCAAGAUGUUUGCCGCAGCCGUCAAGGGCUCGAUCUCGAUGGUAGACCUGCUGACCGAGUUGAGCGAGGAGCAAAAGCAGACUUACAAGGAAAAGAUCGCGAACUUGUCAGUUAAUCACACGAACAAACUGCUGCCCUCGAGUAAAUACAGAAACGUGCUCUGCCACGGUGAUCUCUGGGCGAAUAACAUCCUUUUCAAGUACAACUCUGAAGGGAAACCCGUAUCUUGCUGCCUCAUCGACUUCCAGCUUGCCAGGUACAACCCACCGGUGCACGACAUAAUGUGCUUCCUGCAGUUCUCGACGACGCGUCAGUUGCGCGCGGAUCACCUGGACGACUUGCUGCGCAUCUACCACGAGAGCGUGACUGAGUCGUUGGCUGAGUCUUCGCUAGACGCCCAGAAAGUCUUCCCUUGGGAGGAGCUGGGGGCUUCGGCAGCGGAGCUGCGCACGAUGUGCAUGGUGCACGGUAUCCUCAACGUGCCGAUCAUGCUGCUCGACGAGGCUGCCGUGAGCAAGUACUUUGUGCUCGAGCCUCAGCGGCUCGAGGAGUUGCUCUAUGUUGACAGGACGCCGCUUGUCUGUGGACAGUACGAAGAGGUGCCGGCGUAUAGGGAGCGCAUGCGAGACGCCUUUCUCGAACUUCAUGAUCGUGUGUGCGCCUAGAUGCUGGAGGUGACGAUCGAUUUUCUUUUUUCGAACUAUGAUUGAGAUACGAAAAAAAGAGAUCAGGAGUGAUUACUUAUAGAAUUCCUUUUUUACUAGUGCUGUUGUCGAUUGACAAUUAAAAAUAAAAAUACUGUGUGAUUGUUACUGUACUAGGAAAAUGGAAACGUUUAAGAAAAAUAGUUUGAAAAACCUGUAAAAAAGUAAUAAAGUGAAUAAGAAAUCAUAAGAACUAUAAUUUUCUAGGAAUAAACCUUGAUUUUAGAAAUCGGUGAUCGGUUCAGUAUAAAACAAAACGCUGAGAAAUUUCAAUUUAUUUUUUUACGUAAAACUCGUACUUAUCACUUUAAUGUAGAUUCAAUUACACAAUAGGGAUCACAUUAGACAUUGUCGUGGGGUGGCGGGGGAGAGGAUCUCUCGACGGUGUGUGGACGAACCUUACGGUUUCGUUCUGUUCACAGGCUAUCUCGUCAUUUCCCCAAAGGGAGAACAGUUUCGUGUAAUAUAUGUUGUGUUGGUAUGUCUGUAUAUUCGGUGGAGUUCAUAUUUCUAUAGAGUUCCUUCAUUCUUAUACUCGUAUGUAUAAAAAAACGUCUUUGAAAGUUUAUUUGUGUUGUCGUGUCCAUUGUGUUUUAUGCAUGUGUAUAUAAGUGUAAAAACACGGAUUAAACGGGAAUUAUGGCAUUAUUCGUAUUCUCUUUGUUUUCACUUUUUCUCUUUAUGUAUAUAAUUAUUUAUAUCAUCAAUUAUAAUGAAUAUAGUUAUGUACAAUAUUGAAUCUCAUUCUUUAACAAUAACAUCAACAACAUGAUUAAACAACGUUCCUCAUUGGUACACAAAUUGUAAAUGUACAGAUAAAAAAGCAUUAGAUGAGGUUCAAUGAGGCAUUAAAGGUGGCGUACGCUCUGCGCGCCUAUUUUCUUUAUAAUUCUUUGCGUAUUACAUUUUCCUUGUUUGUUUUUGUUCAUUCAUUAUGUUCCGUUCUGUAUUUUUUCGCGUUACUUGCAUUUCGUUUACUAUUUCAGAUUUGUCUUUCACCACACAGAGCAUUAUAAUCCGAUCGUAUCUGCUUAAUGACAUAACGUUGUCUUCAAUUCAGUAAGGUAAUUUUUCUCUUAUUUUGCUUGCUUCAUUUCAGCUCAUCAAUUUUGCUAUACAAUCAUUCAAUUUCACGGUUUCGUUUACAUUGCAUUUUGAAAUUCCUCACUCUGUUAUAAUAUAAUGUUCCGCAGUAUUUUUUUUUUGUUUUGUUUGCAACGUUUUCUUCUUUCGCCUUACUUUUAAUAUUACAUACGUUCCACAUACAUGCAAAAUGUGCACCACGGUAGAGAUAUCCACGUAGUGUGCACGAGAAUUGAAUGGUAUAAGGAUGAAUGAAUCGAUUCAAUUUGGUGCAUGAUUUAAUUAUUUAAAGAGAGUGCGCGAGUAACCCGCACCUCGCAGAUACCGACGAUCCCUUUUCCCUUAUCAUAUUCUUCUAAUAGUUUUAAAAAAGGAACUCAAUUGAUUAUUAUCAUAAUCUUUGAGUGUGCGAAAAUUUUCUGCGUAUAAAUGAAAUCGAUUGAGUAUAUAGCUAUAAAUCUGCAUACAUCCAAUGCGUUUCUAUUCUAAUUGAUAUAAAGUCUCUGAUUCACAGUGAUAGCAAAUAAUAACUUAACAGCAGUAGACAUAGACUACACGACACAGUAAAAGUAGAACAAGCUAUAACUAUAUAAAUGAGUAUUUGUCAAAUUUAACGAAAAUAGCCAUUGUGGCUGUUAUGAGUGUAUAAAACAAUUAAUCUUAACAAUUGAUUAAAAUUGCAUGUUUAGACAAAUAUUUACUAUUUCAUGCCAUGUAUUUAACAAAAGAAAACUCUGAAAUUUGCCAUUUACACAUCAAUAAAUUAACAAAAUGUAAUAGUCCAAUAAGCUAUACUAUUAUUAUACAUCCGUACGGCACUAAGUACUUUUUUUAUUUGUUACAUAUUUUUUUUUACAUUUCUUGCUCACACAUCACUUGAAAAAUUCGCACACUCCUGAAAGAAUAUUACAAACGAAUAAAAAAAUAAAACGCAUAGUAAUCGCAAUCAAACGCGUACAUAAAUAAGGAGUCACAAAAGGGGCACGGGUGAAGUAUGUAAAGCCCUAGAGGAUCGUCGGACGAUUCGGCGAGGCGAAAACACGAUCUUUUCUAAUAAACUACACAAGGCUUUCACGAAUUAAUGAACGACUUGCACGAAUCUAAUGCACGAAUUUGUAUUUUUUUCUUAAUUCACCGGGGCGAGCGAGGUCGGGAUUUCGGAGCGUUUUGCCAUGUUUUUUUUAUAGUUUUAUUUUUAUACAGCCUUGGAAGAGGAGAGAGCAAUAAAGGAAUCUAUUCGGUUACCUCUUUCAACGAUGUGCGCGACGCGUUCUUUUUAAAUUUAUAUAUCUAUAUAUAUCUAAGGUUUACUUUGCCGGUUGCGAAAGCUCGACAGUUUACGCGCGCUUUUGCUACGAAUUACGAUCGAGUUUGCAAAAAACUUCUUAUUUAUUCAAUUUUUUUUUUAUUAUAACGUUUUACGUACACAUUUAAGUCAGCAGUCUUUAGUUCCCCGAUGGCUGCUCGGCGAAUGGAUUUAUAUUAUAUAUAUAUAUUCUUCUCGUCUCUAGGCAUUCUUUGAUAAGACAAUUUACUUUUGAUGAUCGAGAAGCGUUCAAAAUACCUUUACGGCCACUCAACCUACGUAAAAUCAUUUGCGAUGAAGAAAAUAAAAUACCGAUUAGUAGGUUUAACGUGAAUAAAAUAGAAAAAUUCAAUAAGUAAAAGAGCUUUUAGCUUUGAGCAGGUAUUUUAACAGCUUCUCAUCAUAAAAAGAAACGUUAUCGGUUCACGAAAGCCUCGAACUAUUCAAAGUUUAAUCGUACGUCUAUAAGACAAAAUUUACAGAAAUCACGUAGAUCGAGACACGUCGAGGAACACGCAGAAAAUGACGAGGCGGGUGAGAAGGAUUCAUGAAGGAAUUUCGCGGCCGACUAAUAGUUUACAUAAAAGCUUAUACUUAGAUUAAAAAAACACGCCAGAAAGUGAAAAGAAAGUGAAAUAAUCUGACAGAAAAUCGAAUGCAUUAAAAGGAGAGCCGUGACAUCAGUAACUAGAAAACUGAUACAACGCGACCGCGAAAAAAAUUCCUUGGGUUAACCACGCACCUUGUCAAUCCAGAGACAGAGACGGAGAUAUGAAAUAUAGAGAACGAGAGCUAGAUCGAAGUGUUGUGUAUAGAUAGUUAUAUGAAACUCGACCGACCGCGGGAUGAUUAUCGUUUUAUUUCCGCUGCGCGCCGGACCUCCUCGCCGCGAUGUCUUAGCCAUGUGUACAAUGUCUGUAUAUCUGUUUUCGAGUAAGUGUUUGUGUGAAUGUAUUUAUGUAUACGUGUGUACAUGUAAAGGUAUAUAAUUUUUAUAUACGUUAAAUAACACGAACUGCGGUGGCAGUGAACAGUGCACGUGGAUAUUGCAACAGCAGCAACAGCAGCAUCAGCGGUUUUUAAUUCUUAAUACACCUUUUGCUUUUUAAUUUUUUUUUUAAUGCAUGUAACGAACACGGCAGCCUCUACCACAGCUAGUAUUUCUCUUUUUCCUUCGCUGAUUUAUUUUAUUUUUUUUUUUCGUUUCAUUGAACUUUGAAUUUACUGUGUUUUUCAUUGGCCUUUGCCCUUCGCACGAUGAAUUCGCGCGCCAACUAUUCUUUCUAUACAUCUAUGUUAUUCGUGUUCUUACGCCCGCGUGAGAGUGAACGUAUCUGCCUUGGAGGAAUGAAAAGAAACCAUUGGAUUGCGCACGAAUAUUAACGAAUGAUCGUGAUCACGAGAACAUAAAAUUCUGGCGUUUAUCAUUUGUAAAUACUCAUUAUUAGCUUUUUUCUUUUUCUCAACAGCACAUUUUUACAAAUAAUUGCUUACUUACAAAUAUUUCCUGACAGUCAUUAUUAUCUAUUUACAUCGAUUUUAUUCACGAAUUAUCAAUUACUUAUGUUCGUAUAAUCUUUCUGAAAAAGACUCAAAGAUUCGUACGUUUAAUAUAUUACAUAGAUUAACAUAAAUAAAAUAAAAAAGGCGAGUAUCUAAUUAAGUAAUAUCAACAAGGUAUAUUGAUACUUAUCACCCUCUAUGUUGAAAAUUUAGCAUUAAAAAAAAGCAAUGAAAUCCGAAUCGUUUAACAGCACAAUUAUUUAUAGCUAUUUAUAUAUAGAUUUUCAACUCGUUACUCACUACUAUAAAUAAAUAGUGCAACAAACAACAACAUUCUCUAAUACUCAGAUUAUAUUCAUUCAUCGAGAGCCACAGUUGUUUACUUUAUAAAGCGUUUGAAGCACCAAAGAAAACAUACUUUGAUUUUCAAUGAUUUUCUUUUCACCUCCUACGUAUAAGGCAGAUGACGUCUGACUAUGCCGCACUUGAACCACUUAAUUUUACAUAACAUUCUUGAGUUAUGAAUGUACGUUUAUCGCUUCGUCGCUGCAGUUGUCGCGCGCAAAAGUAGAAACGGGCGUUCCAUGUUGCAACGAAACAGAUAUUUUAAUAUAAAACACUUUUAAUAGAGUAAUCACCAUUUCCAUGUCUCUUAAUCGCGUUAAUCUUAAAAAAAAAUUUAAUCCUAAUAGGAAAAAUUAAUACUCUGUUUCGGUGCAACGCAAGACGACCGCAUCUGUUUCGCAUAGAUUACGCGCCGCCGGUUAUUACAAAUAGACCUCGCAUGUAUUUAAUAUCAUUUUUUUUUAAGUUUUUGUUUUUUUUGUCUUGGCUAAACUCCACUUCGUGUCUUUCUCAUACAUGACUUAAUAGUUAGAGAUAUAUGCAUAAUGUAUCGUCGCAUAUUAUAAUGAACGUCCGUAUAUAUACACACGUGAGUUUCACAAAAAUAUAUAAAAGAGAGAGUGUCUAUGUAUACACAUAUAUGUGUGUGUGUAUAUAUAUAUAUAUAUAUAUAUAUAUAUACACACGAUGUGUGUGCAUAUAUAUCUAUGCCGCAAAUAUACCGAUAUACAACCGAUUUUUUCUUUUAUACGCAAAAUCGUGUGGAAAAGGGUGUCUUUGCCUUAUCAUUACGUUUCAUUUUUCCUCUUAUUUAUAAUAAUCAUCUGUAUGUAUAAUAUGUAUAUAGAACCUGUACAAAGUGCUUGAUUGAGAGUCUUCAUUUAGUCCUAGACAAGACACACGAGGUAAAGAUUUUCCCUAUUUUUAUCUCUGUUUACCUUUUUCGUCGCGUAAACGGUUUGCAGUUUCGCACGAUCGUCGCACGGGACGCGAUGUGCAAUCGCUAUGUAUCCCCGACGACGUGCGAUCUCACCUCUACGCGUCUAUAUUUAUUUUAUUUUAUCUCUGUUUUUUCUCCCUUUACCCCAUUUGAAAGUCUUGCGUUUCUUUACUCUCGUUUGUCGCGCGCUUUACGUAUAUAUUUUGUUAAUUUGUCUGUAUUUUUUUGUUCCGAACGAAAAAAAAGUAUAAUUAUAUCUAUAUCCUUCUCGCAUACUCCUCAUCGCUACGCAUGGGUAUCGCGUACCAUAGGGUAUGCAUCGUGAUGGCUCGAGGGGGCAAAGAGUGUCCUCGACGCCCUUAUCGUCAGCCGGAGUUUCCUCGCUUCUACAUCGUCGAUUUUUAUAUUAUUUUAUUUUAUCUCUCUUCUCGCUUUGGGCUCAUGUUUUAUUGAGGUCUGAGAAACGCCAUCGUCGCGUGUUAUCUCCGCGCGAGUGUCAAUUCCACGGCAUUACGUUAUACAUUUUUUUGUUGUGUCAGCGUGUACGUAUCGCGUAUGUGUAUAUUUGUGUCCGAAUGAAAGAAGUUAAGUGACGUGGCAGAGAAGUUCAAACUCCUUCGAUCAGAAAGUAAAGUGUUCCUUUCUAUGUCUUUCUUUCUUUCCGUUUCCUAGCUGUGCACUCGCAGCGGAGUAUUCGCGCGACAUCGUAGACGUUCCUCGCUCAUUUCACCGUUUUAUAUCUUAGUUUAUUUUAUUCAUUUAGUUAUUUGUUUAUUUUUUUUUUUGUUAUUCUUUAUCUUUAUUUUAUUUAGCUUUUCUCUCGCGUUUUAUAGUUGGCCUUUGGCGUGCAGCAGCGCGCGUUCGUCGCGCGCGCGUUUCGGCGCGCUCUCUACGCGUGCGCUUUUAUCCUUAUAUAUCAAUGUUUGUCUUAUCUAAAGAUGCACUUAUGUAUAGUAUUUAUAUUAUUUAUAUUUAUAUAACGAGUUGCGAUUCUGUUAGCGUCUCGGAAAGUCUCUGGAGCCCCAUAAGCCAAGCGCGUUCAGUGCUUAAUUAGCAUUGAAUAGCAUUAGAGAUAGUCGCUAGAGCUUAAAGCGUCGUCGCGAUUUCGUGUGUCUCGAAGAGCACAAGCGCCUCGGUAAAAAAUGUAUUAAACGAUUUAAGCAAAUAUUAGAUGUAUUAGUACACGACUCAUGCUAACGCGAAACCACCGAAAACACGUUCAUGGCUAGUUUUAGGCUAGCGGAUAUUAAUGCUUUGACGCUUCGGCGCUCGUAAUACACAGCGAUAUACUUAGAACCAGAAAGAUGCAAUUCUAAUGUCAUUAGAGUGUCUCCGAUUUGCGAGUUUACCGACAGAGAGCAACGGUUUGUGAAGAUCGCGUAAGCUACUCUACCGCGCCUCGUCUCACCGUUCUAGUUCAAUGUAAACGUUACUUCUAUUUAAGAUUUUAAAUUUAGUCCGGAAAUCAUUACACCGCAGCGUAUAUUCUGUGUAAAAUAUUUAUGUUACUUAUUACAAUUAUAUUAGAAACAGUAUUUUCUCAUCGUUAUUAUAAAGGUUAUCCUUAAUCCUUAAUAAGUCUCUCUUGCUAACUGUUAAUUAUACUCUGCGUUUAAACGUGUCUCUACGUCCAUUAUUAUUCUCUAAACGUUAUUCUUAAAAGUGUUCCAUACGUUACGAUGCAAAAAUGUUCUUUUUUUGGAUGCACGUAAAGAAUUUCGAAUGCAAGAAUGUAAUGCCUAUAGCUCGCUCGCGCGUUAGUGAUCCUUCAAGACACAUCGAGCUGUCGCAGCUGACUCGGUGCCGCCGGGAAAAAGCGCGUCAUCGCAUAUUAGCGGGCUCCGAAAUACUCCGAGACGCAAACACUCGCGCUUUCUUCUUCUUCUCCUGUACUUCGGCUUCGUCUUCUUCUCCAUCCUUUUCCACAGAGGCAGAAAGGAUGCAGUAUGCAUCGAUAGAUGCAUCGUUCGCCUUAUAUUUUAAGAUCAUGUGUGUAGCAGCCCUCGGACCGUGAUCGAUCGUGCCGUCACUCAUUUCAGCAGCAGCAGCGCAGCCUCCCCUUUUACAAGCACGCGUUUACUCCUCUCUCGCGCAUUUUGGCCCGUAUCCGCGUACUGCUCUCAUGUCGGAGACGCGUCAUCCUUUGUCCUCCCUCGCAUUGCGCUCUCUCCUCUGUUUCUCCACGUGUGCGUUCUGUCUUCGUCUUUCUAUCCCUGGCUCCGUUUGUCUUGCAGUCGUGUAUCGGUAUCUGUUAUCUCUCUGAUCUCUCGCCUCGAUAUAAACUUUGCAGUACACAUAUAUAAACGUGACGUCGAUAGAAAAAGAAAAAAAGACAAUGACACGCAAACGUAUAGAAACGUAUACAAUAUGCAGAAGAAAGAAUAUCAAACGAUGGUCGUAUACAUAAUCGCGUGCACACGAUUGAAAGGUCGACUAUUUCAUUGCGAUAUGCGUGCACGUAUAUCGUCUCUUAACGGUAAGUUUCAGCUGUUCCGCUUCUAUGGUAAGAAUAGCAGAAAAAUAAGUAUAACAAAAAAAAAAAAACGAAAUCCGGGUUAUUGAGCUACUC